AAGAUGGCGCAGGGGGCGGAGUGAGGCGCAGUCGUUCGCCUAGGCUUUGGCCCGGCUUCCGGAGAUGAAAUGAUGUGAUGCCUGGGAUUUGCUUCAAAAUAAUCUGGAAGGUGGGAGUCAAUCAUUUUGACAAGUCUCCCGAAAGGAACAGCUAGCAGGAGCUGAACCCUUUUUCCAUUUGGUCUCGUGGCAAAGGCAGGGAUCACACCAACAGCUCCACACAAUAUGAUGUGCUCACUAGUGCCCUCUGAACAGUCUUCUGGUACCUCUCUCUUGCCUAAAGACAAUGCUCCUUUUUCUUGGAGUUCCUUGGAUGAGGAUGAAUUGGAUGACUCCUUGCUGGAGCUAUCUGAUGGAGAAGAUGAUGGCCAUUUCAGUUUCACAGAGGAACAGAUUCAGGAACUCUUAAAGGAUGAUGACCUAUCAAAUGAGCACUUUCCUUGGGGAGGAGGGUUGCCUAGUGAUGACAGCAGGAAUGUUGAGAAGGGAGAGAAAGGGAGUCAAAUUCCACUUGACAUUCCCCAAGAGAAAGAUUCACCGUACAACAUGGGACCAGAAGCUGAGACCCCUGACACAUUCAAACUACCUCAACUAACUAUAUCAGUUGGUCAUGGACCAACUCCUACGAAACCAUUGAACAGACGCUUUGCACUAGAAAAGAAUCUUAUAAAAGUUACAGUUGCACCAUUUGAUCCAACAGUUUGUGAUGUACUUGAUAAGGACAAGACUUAUGUGUCCAAAGUUACAUCCAGAAUUACUGAAAAACCCUCCUCCCUUGGGGAAGAGAUGAGAGAAGAUGAUCUUAGCCCAAAUGAGAGCACACUUUGCACAGAAUCUGAAGGGAUCAGCCCCAAUAACUCUGCCUAUGAUGGGCCCCCACUCCCUUCUUCAAACAAUAAUUUUCAACAUACUGUCUCUGAUAAAAAUAUGUCCGACAGUAAGAAACCUACGCCUGUAUUCUCUCAGAUCUUGGACCAUUCAGAGACUCCUAAUACAGGGUCAUCCCAGAGAAAUGGAUCAUAUAAAUCAAGUUUUGAAAUGAAGUUACCAGUUUCCAGUUCAUCAAGCAAGGAUGUUCUUGACAAGGAUUCUGGGAAGCUAAAGGUCCAUGAAAAAAGACUAGGCAAAGUCAUUCCUGUUCUGCAAGCCAAAACGAGGACUAAUGUUCCAACAUUUUCACCGUCAGACCUAGAAAAGCAGAAGCAAAGUUAUCUCAGGAAUGUCAUUGCUCAUAUAGAAGACCCAGUGGAUUCAAACCAAGGUACCUUGGGGGAGCUGUGUGCCUUGAUGGAUCAAGUUCAUCACAUGCACAACCAGAAAUGGCAGCAUCCUUCAGACCUCACCAGGCGGAACUACGCCCGGUUCCGACAGAAAUCUCUGCAAAGAUACAGUCUGACCCAGUGGGUUGACCGGAAUAAGCGAAGCCACCAUCGGUUCCAGCGUCUACCAGAUUUCCCAUACGGUCCAUUUGUCUCCUCCCAUCAGCAGUGAAGGGCCCUAUCCAGGGUCCUGUCCAGAGCAGCAUCUCUUCUUCUGCUGUUCCAUGCUUUGUAGAUUUAGAAUUUUAUUUUUCACAAUAUUUUUAUUUAAAGAACUUGUCACCUUUUGGAAAUGCAUAUUGCUGACUUGAAAUUUUUUGUAUAAGGUCCUUCAUUUUUGUGUGUGUAUGCAUUUAAGCAGUGUUGAGUUGACAUAGUUUUAAUUUUUUAAUUUAAAUUAAAGAUGGCUGCCUCCUGAAAGCCAGCAUUAAGUCAGAACAUCCCAGCUCAAGCAAAGAGCCGCCUCUCUGCAGAGGUGAAGUCUACUUCUAGUGCCCAAAAGAAAUCAUUCUUUAAUCUCUUGAAGGAAGAGAUUCUUUAUCAGGCUGCAAACCAGUUUUAAUUAUU